UGUCUUUUCAGAAAACACUUGAUUCACCUUUGUAAAAACCCAUAUAACUCUUCUCAACUCGAUUCAUGACUGAACUGUUUUUUCUUUUAUCUGUGGAUACAAUGGGAUUUCUGUAUCUUGUCGAUUUGGAUGAAUAUCCGAAAGAGGAUAUCGUCCAUUGUAACAUAUGCGAAACCAGAAUUGGAUUAGCCAACGAUUUCAUUGAUAGCAUAGACUAUGAGAUGACAGUGGUCUUUCAUAAAAUGUGUAAUGUGCAAGUGGACGAAGAGAAAUACCAUAGACAAGUAAAUGGAAAUACCGUAGCUGAUACGUACUGUGUCAAAUGUGGAAUGCUGCUUGGGAUGAAACUUAUUGUAGUCCCUUAUAGCAACCAGACUCUGCAUCAUAGAGAAGAAUAUUUUUUGAUGAACGCGCUCGAACUUAUUGAUUGUAAUAAUAAGCUGAUGUAUUUAGAUGAAACUGAAGAAGAUGAAGAGUAUGAAGAACAGGAUGAUGCAGAUGCAAAUGAGCACGAUCAUGAUCAAGGUGGAGAGGCAGAUGAACAGGGUCAUAAUGACGAUGGAGGUGCUAAUGAGCACGAUCAAAAUGAAGAAGAUGAAGAAGAUGGUGGAGGUGGUAAUGAGCACCAUCAUGAUCAAGGUGGAGGGACAGAUGAUCAAGAUGGCGUUAAUGAACAUGAAGAUAAUGAUGAAGAUUGAGGCACCAACAAACUAAAUGAAGAUGCUGAUCAUACAAUAUAAAUAGUAGUUGAUCUAAAUGCAGACAUAUCUAAUGAUAAAAUGUAGACAUUUUUCUUAAUAAAUUGUCCUCUUAAGUGAUA